CCCUCCUCUGCCUGCGAGACGAACCCCAGCCAAAUCUCCACCAAAUGCCAAGUCGUCCUCGUCCUCCUCCAGGAGGUCACAUCCUGUGCUUCUUCACAUGCCCUCUAGUCUCGUGGAUGGGGAUAAUAAUAGCUACCUGGACUUUAGCUGUGAUGCAUUGAAUCAAGAUGAGCCAUUGUAUGUGAGUUCACACUUUGCUGAUGAACCGCUCUACCAGUUUUACACUGCGACAGUGCUGGAGCGAGCAACACAGAAUCAAGGAGACUGCUCUUCAGAAGAUGAUUAUGAGGUAAUCAAUGAUGGACAUCAUAACUCUCCACCGGGUAAACUACAAACCCGUCCUUCUGCAAUGGAGCUUGUGACUCCAGCUGAUGGACGACGGACCCUGUGGUGCGAGCUGCCUGAAGUCAUAGAGAGUGGUAUUUUAAGUCAAAUCAACAGCCAGGAGAAGAAGAUGCAGGAGGCCAUGUUCGAGAUGAUUACCUCCGAGGCCUCUUACCUGAAGAGUCUCAACGUCUUGGUCACGCAUUUCGUACAGUGCCCAGAGUUCGCUGUAGAUGAAGGCGAAGAUGCGGUGCUGACCAGAAGGGAGAGACACAUUCUCUUUUCUGAUAUUUUACCAGUGAAGAGAUGUUCUGAAAUGCUCCUUGCCGACUUGGAGAAACGAUGGCAGGAGUCCGUCAGAAUCUCAAAACUGUCAGACAUAAUACUGAAGCAUGCUCACAACCACUCACAAGCGUAUGUCAAAUACUGUUCCAAUCAAAUCUACCAAGAUAGAAUUCUAAAAGAACUGAAAGAAAAUAAUCCAAGGUUCUUAGAGGUGCUAAAUCGCUUAGAAAGUUCUCCAGUGUGCCAAUCCCUUGCCAUGCACUCCUUCCUCAUGCUCCCCAUGCAGAGGAUCACAAGACUGCCCUUGCUCGUGGAUGCCAUAUUUCACAGGCUGGAGUAUGGCACUCCGGAAUGGAACGAGUGUAAACUAGCCUUAGCUACUCUAACGAAGAUUGUAGCUGAAUGCAAUGAGGGAGCCAGGAAGAUGGAGCGAAUGGAAGAAAUGCUCAUCAUUUCCCGUCAGUUGGACUUCCGAGAGGUGAAAGCCAUUCCCCUCAUCUCGGCGUCCCGUUGGCUGGUGAAGAAAGGGGAAAUGACGAGGCUCACCUGGAGAGAGAACGACGUCAAACUCACCUUUGGCAGGAGAAUAUCCAAACACACCUUGUAUUUCUUCCUUUUCACAGACUUGCUAGUAGUUACAAAGAAAAAGAGUGAUGACCAGUACAUGGUGCUGGACUACUGCUCGAGGAACAUGGUGCAAGUGCUGGAGCUGGACGCCGCAGACAAGUUCCCCGGACGCAUUUUGGACGGCCACAAGAACCUCCUUAUUUUGACAAUGUUGCAGAACCACGAGAACAAGACUGUUGAAAUGGUUGUAUCCUGUCCAAUGGAGUCUGACCGAACGCGCUGGGUGGAAGCAGUGACGCCCAGGAGCUCGGACAAUCCCGACGAGAGGAUAUACGAGGAGUGGGACUGCCCUCAGGUGCAAGCAAUUCACCCAUAUGUUGCCAAACAGCCAGAUGAACUUUCUCUAGAAGUAUCUGAUGUUGUUAAUGUUUUAAAGAAGAUGGCAGAUGGCUGGUAUCAGGGGGAGAGAAUCCGAGACCAGGAGCGAGGGUGGUUCCCCGGGAGCUUCACGGUGGAGAUCUCGUCCACCCACGUCAGGGCUCGCAACCUCCGCCAGCGCUACCGCCUCCUGGCCAUCUCCGGCUCUCUUCUGGACGAGCUGAAAAGGGAGAAGGAACGCUACGAGAAGGAAGAGAAGAAGAAGGACCGCAGAAGAACCCUGACUAUGAAGGAGGUGAUAUCGUCUCAGGCACUCAGUUAGGAGGACAGGAGAAGGGAGAGAACUGGACACUAUUUCACAUCCUUCCAAGUGGUACCCCUUUUUUUUUUUUUGCGUGUGUUAUGUUGAGUACGUUGCAAACUGAAAAGAAAAAAAAAAGAGAAAAGAAAAGCACAUUCAGAAGACACUGAUGUACUUAUGGAUUUUCAGUGAAAGAAGCAAUAAACUUUUGUCAUAUAAAUGCUGGCUUUAUUGAUUACAAUAGUGCAGAAACAUGUACAGAAACUCCUUUUUUGUUAAGCUUUUCCAAUAUCACAUCCUCCAGUGGUGGCAACAAGACAGAAUUGCGAUGGAGUAACGCCUGUGAGCAUAAGUAGUCAGUGAUGGGAAAUACCUUUGUGGAGAAGCUUAGGUAACUGAGAAAUAUUUUUUUUUUUCGUUAUAAGAUGCCUCCAACAGUAUGGAUUUGAUUUUUUAAUCUUCAAUUUGUGUAAUGGUGAAAGGGGGUCAGUAUUACACACAAAUACAGCAUAUUAUAAACAGACCCACACAAACAUGUAUACAUACAUACAGUAUAUAUAUAUACAUAUAUACUCGCAUAUGAAUGUGUGUAAGCAUAUAUUGUUGUGAUCUCUCUCUUGUUACAACUUUUAGAAGUCUAUUGAGUUUUAGUUUCCAGGACUAACAAGGAUUUUUCAGUUUCAGUGGGAUGAAAGGAGUAAUUGUGAUGUAAAGUGUAUGCAGUGAUUGUUACUCAACUAACAUAGUAGUUUGUUAUCCCAACAUUGGAAUGUGUAAUAAAUAUUGUGUAUGGAACCAUAAUCAAAGGUAAAUUCAGAUAUUUAUAAUUACAGUGUUUGAAAUACUUAACCAAAUAUAAAGGGCAAUCGUUUUUUUUUCUUUGUUAUAUAGUUCUUAAAAAAAAGGUAUUUAAGAUUUCUUUUGUAUUUGAGGUACAGCAAUGUGAAUAAGAUUAUUGAAUAUAUUGUUCAUUUAGAUCCAGUAUUUGAACCUGUAUAUAAGAAUCUGGUGACAUUCCAGAUGUAAGUUUAUUGUGUAUAUAAUGAGAAUUUGAUAAAAUACAACAAUUUUAAAGAUU